UCUUGGAAUACUACCAAAGUGAUCUAAGUAAUUCAUGUUAUCUCCACAGAAAAGACUUCAUAGGAAAAUCAGGAAUAAAGUAGUUGAGCACACUGGGAAUCGAGAGUUGAUGUUUAGACUCUUAGACCAAAACAAUCAGUUCUAUAUUGACCAGAGAGGAUACCAAUGGAGGCUACAGGCUGUAAAUGAAAAGUCUGUUACCUUUAACUGAACUUAUCUAGGCUGAAAAGAGACUAUUAUUGCUAUGUGUCAAUCUCCAUCGCUGGAAUUAUCCCAGAAGAAUACAGUUUAUAAAACGAAAGGAUACUUCAUGUACCACUUCCAUGAGCCCAUAGCAGAUCCAAACUUUGUAGGAAUUAAGUGACACGAAGAAUUGCCAAAGAAAGAUAUUAUAGAUGAAAUCUCGAAUUUUGAUGCAUAUGAAUCAGCAAGAGAGUCCUUUGGGAUCAGAGAUACUCAAGAUCUCCAACAUCCUGCAUCUGAAGCUUUCGAUCAGUACCAAUAUGAUACUCAGAUUGAAUGAAAAGAACUUUCACAGGGAACUGAUCAAGGCACUUGUGGCCUCACACAGACAACAAAUGGGUUUAUGAACGAUUACUUAGAAGAAUGUAGCCGGUUCGAUACUGACCAUAAAUCUAUAUCUUCUGCAGUGCUCUACUCACAGAGCUACUCUUGUGCAAAUGGAAAAGGAAAUGCUAGACAAGAUACGAAAGACUCCUCUGAUGAAAAUUUAGAUAAAUCAACAGCAGAUAGCAGUGAGAAUGAGCAUUUGCCACCCAACAAAAUGACAAUAAAUUUUGAUAGUAUCAGAAGUUUGUUCGAGCUUAAGAAAGAGUUAGAUAAGAGAGGUAUAAAUCUUGAGAAUAUUCAUAUGAUAUUCAAAAGCGGACCUUCCCAAGACCAAGACAUGAUAAAAGCCGAUGCCUCAGAGGCUCAUGUUUAG